UGCUUCCCUUCUCUGCCGUUUAGUGCGUCGAGCGGCGGAGGUAAGUGGAGUUCGCGCGUCUUGUUGUGCGUUCGUGGACCAAACAGCAGCAGCAGAAGCAGCGGUGCGCUUUUUCUCCUCCACAGCCGCCAGCAUCCCGGGGAGCAGCCACGCCGUGCGUGCCGCGGGCACCAGCAGCAGGAGGAGGAUAUUAUUAUUAUUAUUCAUUAUUAUUUUGACUGAUUGAGACAUACAUAUUUUUCAUUUCCCUCAUGGUAACCAACACUCAGCAGCCUGAGACAUGUGGAAUAAUCUGGGGAAACUGCACCGCUUCUCACUAGUGUGUCUUCUCCUUACGCUGUGGGCUGAGGUGUCUCAGUCCACCGGUUACUUCGAGCUGCAGUUGAUUUCGGUAGAAAACCCCAAAGGUCAGCUCCUGAACGGGGACUGCUGCGACGCAGAGAAGAGCGCGGCGGAGGGCCACUGCGGCGCGGACGAGUGCGACACAUACUUCAGAGUGUGUUUAAAGGAAUACCAAACGGAGGUCACGACCAAUGGACCAUGCACCUACGGCUCGGAAACUACAAAGGUUAUCGGUGGGAAUACUUUUCUGUUCAAGGGCGGCCCGAAGACCGGACCGAACCGGAACAACGACGCGGGGAAGAUUGUCAUUCCCUUCCAGUUCGCCUGGCCGCGAGCGUACACUGUGAUUGUGGAGGCGUGGGACAGGGACAACGGCACACACAGCAACGAUGAUGAGCUGCUGAUCGAGCGCAGCAUCCACAAAGGGAUGAUUAAUCCCGGAGAGGAGAGGCAGACGGUGGAGUAUAAAAGCCUGAUCGCAAGCUUGGAGUACACCAUCCGCGUACGCUGCGACGAAAACUACUACGGCAGCAAGUGCAACACAGUUUGCCGUCCUCGAGAUGACUACUUCGGCCAUUAUGUGUGUGACCAGUUCGGGAACAGGGGCUGCAUGGAGGGCUGGACGGGGCCGGACUGCAAAACAGCCAUCUGCAAACAAGGAUGCAGCCUGCAGCAUGGGAAGUGCAGCGUGCCGGGGGAAUGCAAGUGUAACUACGGCUGGCAGGGUCCGCUCUGUGAUGAGUGCCUGCCGUAUCCCGGCUGUGUUCACGGUACCUGCAACGAGCCCUGGCAGUGCACCUGUGAGAAGAACUGGGGAGGCCUGCUGUGUGACAAAGAUCUGAACUACUGCGGGACCAACCGGCCCUGUAAGAAUGGGGGGACGUGUAUGAACACGGAGCCAGACGAAUAUAACUGCGCCUGUCCAGACGGCUACUCGGGCAAAAACUGCGAGAUCGCCGAGCAUGCCUGUGUGUCCAACCCCUGUGCCAACGGAGGGACGUGCCAUGAAGUCCCAUCAGGCUUUGAGUGUCACUGUCCAGCAGGCUGGUCCGGGCCAACCUGUGCUAAAGACACAGAUGAAUGUGCCUCCAGCCCCUGUGCUCAGGGCGGAACCUGCAUCGACAUGGAGAACAGCUUUGAAUGCCUGUGCCCUCCACAGUGGACCGGCAAGACCUGCCAGAUAGACGUUAAUGAGUGCGCAGGGAAGCCUUGCCUGAAUGCUUACUCUUGCAAAAACUUGAUUGGUGGAUAUCACUGUGCCUGCUUUCGUGGAUGGGUUGGCCAGAACUGUGACAUCAACAUGAACAGCUGCCAUGGUCAGUGUCAGAAUGGGGGGACCUGCAAGGAGGUGGCCAGAGGCUACCAGUGUGUUUGCCAGGCAGGAUUUGUGGGACGGCACUGUGAGGUUCAGAGAAAUCGUUGUGCCAGCAGUCCAUGUAGGAACGGUGGCCGUUGCCACGCCCUGCUGGACGGGUUCAUGUGUGAAUGCCCGCAGGGCUUCGCUGGUACAACCUGUGAGGUGCAGAAUGAUCCAUGCAGCCCAAACCCAUGUCACAAUAAGGCCCAGUGCCACAGCCUGAUGGGAGAUUUCUACUGCAGCUGCCCAGACGAUUACGAGGGCAAGACCUGUUCAGAGCUCAAGGACCACUGCAAGACCAACCUGUGUCAAGUGAUUGACAGUUGCACCGUUGCCGUGGCAACCAAUGACACCCAAAAGCGGGUGUGGCACAUCUCAUCCAAUGUGUGCGGCCCCCACGGCCGCUGCAUCAGCCUGCCUGCCGGGAACUUCAGCUGCUCCUGUGAGCCGGGAUUCACUGGCACCUACUGCCACGAGAACAUUAAUGACUGUGCGUCAUCGCCCUGUAAGAACGGAGGCACAUGCAUCGAUGGGAUCAACUCCUUCCAGUGUUUCUGCCCAGACGGCUGGGAGGGCAGUUUAUGUGAUUUUGAUGUGAAUGAGUGCAACAAGAACCCCUGUCAGAAUGGAGGCCAAUGUGUCGAUCUGCUUAACGAUUUCUACUGCAACUGUGUGGAUAGCUGGAAAGGAAAGACCUGCCAUUCAAGUGAGAGCCAGUGCGACUCCAGCACCUGCAGUAAUGGAGGGACGUGCUACGACCACGGAGACUCCUUCCUGUGUAGCUGCUCCUCAGGCUGGGGCGGCAGCACCUGCAACACAGCCAAGAACAGCACAUGUGACUCAGGUCCGUGUGAGAACGGAGGGACGUGUGUUGGCGGGGGAGACGCCUUCACCUGCAUCUGCAAGGACGGCUGGGAGGGACCCACCUGUGCACAGAAUGUGGACGACUGCAAUCCACAUCCCUGCUACAAUGGCGGCAUCUGCGUCGACGGUGUGAACUGGUUUCGUUGCGAAUGCGCCCCAGGAUUCGCCGGACCGGACUGCCGCAUCAACAUAGAUGAAUGUCAGUCGUCUCCUUGUGCCGAAGGCUCAACCUGCAUGGACGAGAUCAAUGGCUACCGCUGCCUUUGUCCUCCAGGACACGCUGGACCUCGCUGUCAAGAGUUCAUUGGACUCGGGAAGUCGUGUCAUCACACUGGCUUGCAGUUUCCUCACGGCAGCCGGUGGGAGGAGGAGUGUAACACCUGCCAGUGCGUCAACGGAUACGUUAGCUGCUCCAAGGUGAGGUGUGGGCGCCGGCUGUGCCUCCUCCCGAAGGCCCUGCCUCCUCCUCCGGACACGAACCCUCCAUCUUGCCCCGGAGGUCACGAGUGUGUGGAGCAUCAGUUCCUCACCUGCUUUUCGCCGCCGUGCCACCAGUGGGGUGUGUGUUCAACGCCGGACCCCCCAACACCCCUGCACACCCAGUGUGAGCCCAACAGCGGUUACCUCGACAACAGCUGUGCUCGCAUCACGCUCAUCUUCAAAAAAGACAAAGUGCCACAGGGCACCACUGUAGAGAACAUCUGCUCCGAGCUGAGGUACCUCCCAGUGACUCAGACGCUGGCCGACGAGCGAGCGAUGCUCAUCCUCUGUGACCUGUCCUACUCCAACAGUGACGCCGUGGAGGUCGCCAUGUCCUUUGAGCAGGACGGGCGUUCAAAGGAUAGCGAUCGCAGACAGAUCCAGAAGGCGGUCAGCGGCAUCAUCGGUGCCCUGUCCAAACGCCACAACAGCACCGUCAUGCUGGCUGUGGUGGAGGUCAAAUUCGAGACACAGGUGGAGUCGCCUCCUGUUGGAUACCUGGUCCCGGUUCUGUGCGUCGUCUUCAGCAUCCUCUGGAUCUUCUGCAUCGUUGUUUGCGUUUGGUGGACCCGCAAGAGGAAGAAAGAGCGCGAGAGAGCGGCCCGAUCUGAGGACACGACAGUCAACAACCAGUUGGAGCCGCUGCGGGGCCACGCCCUUAAGGACAACCGCGACAAAGACAUUCAGUACGAAUGCAAGAAACUGAUGGGCCCUUCCGAUAGGACGUGCGACGGGGCCGAGGGGGAGGAGGAGGGGGAGCAGGAGGGGGAGCAGGAGGAAGAUGAGGAGAGGGCGCUGGGCAUGGGGGAGAAGUGUCCAUCACAGAAGUGCUCCAUAGGGGGGGCGCAGGACAAGGGCAUGAUGGGUAAGGGUGGGGUCAUCUGCACAACACGCAGCGGUCCGGUCAAGGCUCCGCACAGGACGGCGUACAGCCCGAAAGACAACCGCUGUAAAAACCUGAAUGCCGCCAAGCUUAGCGAGGACAUUAAAGACCACUACGUAUGAACACGCGAGAGGAGGACGGACCUUCCUGACUCAAAGGAAAAAAAGUGCGAUGUCUUCAACGUCACUGACUCUGCAACUCUUAAUAGCACCAAAAGUGAAGAUUAUAGAUGCUUUCAUUUUCUAUUUUUGUUUGUCAGACCUUAUUUAACUUCUUCGUCUGCAGCAUGGAGACUUAUUUUACCAAAAACCAACAACAAAAAAAAUACAGAAAAACAAAACAAGCCAAAAAAAAAAAAGACCUGGAAAAUAAACAUCACACCUUUUGGAUUUCUGGAUUUCAGUUUAAUCGUCACUCUGUUGGAAUCAAGAAGAAUUUUCUUUUCACUGCGCCUGAUUUUUUCUCUCUGUUUACAAGCUGUUGCUGUUUUCCACUUUGCCUCAUCAGAACUAACACCUUUGUUUCACCUUGGAGAUCUAACUGAACAUUACUGGCUGGCAGCUGUUAACCUUGUCUCUACUGUUUGGUGCAUUUGGUUCCUGUCUGCCUUAGCCCAAACCUGCGGGCCUUUUCUACACUUCCUCUUGAUAUCAUGUCUUUUCAUAAAACAAAACAAAAAAAAACAGCAAAAAAAGUUUUUAUAAACAUUUAAGUCCUUGAAAGUUGGCACACAGAACCCACUGUAUGAUACCUGGCAUGAGCAUUUCUGUUUACAUUCAUAAACAUCUUUUCCAUUUUGUGUUAAGGCUUCUUACAUUUAUCCUUUUAAAAUAACAGUGUCACUGCUUCCUACAAGUCUACAUGAUGAUUUUUCAGUAUUUGCUUUGGUAGAGAAGUGCCUUCAGCCCUUAUUUUUUUCUCCUUCUCUCUCCACCUAUAGAGUUUAUGCAGAAUUAAAAUACAUAUAAAGGGAAAGAUGUCCUAGUAACAACUCUUUAAACCACAGUAAAGGUUAUUUUCUUUGCGAUGUACAUUUGUAAAUAUGAAAAAAUGGCUGUGUAUAUUUGAAUUUAGUAACUUAAGUGAUGCUUUGUAUCAUAGUUAUUCUAAAGAAUAAGACUGUUUUUGUGGUUGUUGUUUUUUUUUUUAAUGAUGUCAUUCCGUUUAUUAGUGUCUGUUGACACUACGACAGACGUUCGGACUGUGUCCAGGCCCCACUGGAUCAUUGAUUUAAGACAGAUCAUGAUUGUUUGUCUUUAUGAACAUAAAUACACAGUUUGGAGAGCUGUUUGUUAGGCCUGUCAGUCAUUUGUGAGAGGUUGUUAGAGCUCAUAAAGCUCAGUAGUCAGUGCUACGUCUAUAGGAACCUCCUUCCCAACAGCCCUGUCCUUUCAUUGGAGACACCCAGAGUGAAAUUGAUGAGUUUGAGGGACUAAAACUGAAUCUGAGGGCCACUCCACCUGCAAGAUUCUCCUUUCUGUAACAGCUAUUUAUUUGAGGUAUCUGGGAGUUCAAAGUAUUUUUAAAAAGCCCUUCUACACCUACAAAUCCAAGUCUUAUGGGCCACCCUUCACCCUUCUAAAACAAUUUAAUUUUUAUUUAUUUCAGUUGUGAGUUUGAGUACCCCCGUGUGCACAUUAUGUUUCAAUGUUUCAAGAGCCCUUCUUCACCCACAAAUUCAAAUUGUCGACCCUCCAAAAGCGUUCUAAAUUUAGUUCAGUGCUGUUUUUUAGUAAGACAGCUUUUACACAAUGUUUUAGCUCAGUUGGCUGACAGUUCUUUGGCAAAUACUGUAGUUCUUUUACACUUUGCUGUUGUUUUACAUCCUACUGGCUGUAUGUACGUAUGUAAAUAAUAAAAACACCCUGUUGGCAUCCCGUUCGAAAGCUGUAGAGUUAGUAUCAGUGUACAGGCCGGAUAUACCGGGCGACCCUGCAGCAGCCAGCAGAAAAUGGAGAAAUGUAGUUGUCUUUCUCCCAAACGUCUAGAGAUCAGUCAUUUUAGCAUUUGUGCCUGAACUCUUCACGGCGGCUGAUCGCUCCUCAACGGUCCUUAGUUAACCUUUUCUUUUUUUUGCAUUAUGUUGCUUUUUAUCCAAUAGUAUCAUGUCCGGAAAAUCCUCCCUCAUUCACUUAUGUACUCCUCAGUACAUGGAAACAGUAAGUUACUCUACAGUGAGUCCUAUAUUGAGAUUUAUGGCACAUUGAUAACCUGAAUGUGUGCGGCCUCUGGCAGCUGUAGUGUCGUGUAACUGAAAAUCUGUAAUCAGAAAAUGAGACUCUACACUUAAAUUCAAGAACAGCUAAAAUCGAGGGAAAUAUCGGUUGCAGAUUUUGGACUUUCAGCUUUUGACUUUGUUUUGUAGUUUGUGUGUAUGUGAUUUCACAGCAUCCACUUUGUAAUUUCUAUCGAUCUUUUUUUGAUUCUUUUUUUUUCCCGUUCUAAAUUUUAGGGACUCAAGUUGGUUAAAAAGUUUUUGAGGAGCUUUGCCGCACGCUGUCUAAUUCAUUGCUCGCUCCUGAUUAGGGACUCCAAACUGCACAAAAUAAAGUAGCUCUGUGCUGCAUCUGAGAGUCGGGUCUUAUUUCUAUUUUCAAUACACACUUACGGGUCACAGGGUCCAAACAACUUAAAAGCAUUGCUACCAGUCUCUCUUCAGUCUGCUCGUGCUUACGCUGUGUUGACACUGGAGAUGACACGCCAAUGUGCCCUUUUGCAAGACACUGAAUCCCCAUUGUAGAAGAUUAAAACAAGGUGUUGUUUGAAUGGGAAUCGGCUCGAACUGGAUGAGUGUGUAUCUAAAACUGUUUUCCCUCUUUAGCCCCGCCUGUCCUUGUGUAUCUAUUCUGGUCUAAUGAAGGGAACAAGUUGUGUUGUUGUUGAUGUUGUUGACUGUUGUGGUUGUUGUCUUGUGUUUGUAAAGAGUCUGUUUCUGCACUAAAAACACACAGAAGAGAAAUGUUUAAUAUCUCCUCCACAGUGGUAGUAAGAGAAAAAAAAAUCUAAUAUUGUCAUUAUUUGUGGAUGAACGUUAUGUUUUCAAUAUUUUAUGUUUUUCUUAAUAAUGCUGAUGCAAAUCACGUUAAACCCAAAUUCAUCGUCUGUCUUUCAACAUUUCACAUUAUGGUUGUCACACAGGAGGGGCUGAAUGUGCAGAACGUUGUAAUUAUUUUGUACAAAAUUUGGUAUAAGUCUUGGUUUGUUAGUGGAAUUUUUUUUGUUUGUUCUUAGAACAAUCCUAUUAUUUAUUAAAGUAUUUUAUACCAAA